AGCAGCUUCUGCAUUUUGGACUUUGAGUGCAUUCACACUUUAACAUCAGCUUCCAGGGUUUGAUCAUUCCAAAUUAAAUAUUUAAAACAUGAACGUAUCACCUCUCCAGGUCAGCGUGAAAAACUGGAUUACAGAGAAUCAGGAUGAUUUUCUGCCACCAGUUUGCAACAAACUCAUGCACUUUUCCCAGUUGCUCAUCAUGUUUGUUGGAGGUCCUAACACCAGGAAGGACUAUCACAUAGAAGAAGGGGAAGAGUUGUUCUUCCAGCUGAAGGGGGACAUGUGCCUGAAGGUGGUAGAAAAUGGUGAACACAAGGAUGUGCACAUCAGAGAGGGAGAGAUGUUUUUGCUUCCGGCUCGGGUGCCCCACUCCCCCCAGAGACAGGCCAACACUGUUGGGCUGGUGGUGGAGCGGAGGAGGCUCCUGACGGAGACAGACUGCCUCAGAUACUAUGUGGACAACACUACGAACAUCCUGUUCGAGAGGUGGUUCUACUGCGAGAACCUCGGAACCCAACUUGUCCCAAUAAUCAAAGAAUUUAUGGCAUCGGAGGAAUGCAGAACAGGAAAACCCAAUCCCAAGCUCUUCAGAGACCCUCCCUUCCAGCUGAACUCUGUGAGUGUAAUGCAACCCUUCUCCUUCAAAGACUGGCUGGAGCAACAGCGCUCCCUCCUGGGCGGCGGCAGCCCCGUUAGUAUGUUCGGGGACCAGUUUGAGACCGAGGUCCUGGUGUUUGGACCGGGACUGACGGAGACAUCAGUGCAGCAAACGGAUGCAUGGAUUUGGCAAAUGGAGGGAUCUUCACGAGUGACGAUAAACCAACAGGAGUUCACGCUAUCUGCUGGAGACAGUUUACUCAUCACAGAGCAAAGCCAGUACCAGUGGGAGAGAAAUCAGGGGACUGUUGCCUUGUUUGUUGUUCAAAACCCGGAGCGGAAGAAACCCUGAUCACCAACUGUGGAAAAUACAAACUCAAUAGACACAAAGAACAGUUUCAACCUGAUUAAAUGUGUGUAAAUGAUCUAAAUCUUCUAACUGCAUUUUUGGUUCUUUUUAAAAACACAGAAAAGGUUUCUUUUUUACCUUGCUGACAGUUUCGUUUGCCGGCUGUAAACUAGAUCUAAAUCUCAACACAAUGUAUGAAGUGAAUUAAUAUAGUUGCUAGUACAUCAAUAAAAUUGAGUGUGUUCCCACA